AUGACUGAUUCAAAAUACUUCACAACUACAAAGAAAGGUGAAAUAUUCGAGCUCAAGUCGGAGCUGAAUAGCGAUAAGAAAGAAAAGAAGAAGGAAGCUGUUAAAAAGGUGAUAGCUUCUAUGACCGUGGGCAAAGAUGUGUCAGCUCUAUUCCCGGAUGUUGUUAAUUGCAUGCAAACCGACAACUUGGAGCUCAAGAAGCUGGUGUACCUGUACCUCAUGAACUAUGCCAAGUCCCAGCCGGAUAUGGCUAUCAUGGCUGUAAACACAUUUGUCAAGGAUUGCGAGGACUCGAAUCCUUUGAUCCGUGCGCUGGCUGUACGGACUAUGGGUUGCAUCCGAGUGGACAAGAUCACGGAGUACCUUUGUGAGCCUUUACGGAAGUGUCUCAAGGAUGAAGAUCCCUAUGUAAGGAAGACGGCUGCUGUGUGCGUCGCCAAACUGUACGACAUAUCACCCAGUAUGGUGGAAGAUCAGGGUUUCCUUGAUCAGUUAAAGGAUUUGUUGAGUGACUCAAAUCCAAUGGUUGUAGCGAACGCCGUUGCAGCUCUUUCUGAGAUUAAUGAAGCCAGUGUAUCCGGACACCCACUUGUAGAAAUGAACGCUCCAACAAUUAACAAGCUGCUGACAGCCCUGAACGAGUGCACGGAGUGGGGUCAAGUGUUCAUACUGGAUGCUCUUUCAAACUACUCCCCUCGUGAUUCACGCGAGGCUCACUCCAUAUGUGAACGUAUAACACCACGUUUAGCUCAUGCCAACGCCGCAGUCGUACUUUCAGCUGUUAAGGUCCUGAUGAAGCUUAUGGAGAUGUUAUCAGAUGAGACGGAACUAGUGAGCACUUUGUCAAGGAAGUUAGCUCCGCCCCUCGUAACAUUACUGAGCGCUGAGCCAGAAGUACAAUAUGUAGCGUUACGGAACAUAAACCUCGUGGUGCAGAAAAGACCAGAUAUAUUAAAACAUGAGAUGAAGGUGUUCUUCGUGAAAUACAACGAUCCAAUUUACGUGAAACUAGAGAAGUUGGAUAUCAUGAUACGUCUUGCAUCUCAAGCGAACAUCGCUCAGGUUCUUGGUGAAUUGAAGGAGUACGCCACCGAAGUUGACGUGGACUUCGUGAGGAAGGCUGUAAGGGCCAUAGGACGGUGUGCUAUUAAGGUGGAGCCUUCAGCGGAGCGUUGCGUGUCAACGUUACUUGAAUUAAUUCAAACCAAAGUGAACUACGUGGUCCAAGAGGCUAUUGUAGUGAUAAAGGACAUAUUCCGUAAAUAUCCCAACAAAUACGAGAGCAUUAUUAGUACGUUGUGUGAGAAUUUGGAUACCCUGGACGAACCUGAGGCUAGAGCGUCGAUGGUUUGGAUUGUGGGCGAGUACGCUGAGAGGAUUGACAACGCAGACGAGCUGCUUGACUCAUUCCUUGAAGGUUUUCAUGAUGAGAAUGCUCAGGUCCAGUUGCAGCUAUUAACAGCUGUAGUUAAGCUGUUCUUGAAGCGUCCAGCUGACACCCAAGAGCUUGUGCAGCAUGUACUGAGUCUUGCUACACAGGAUUCGGACAAUCCAGAUCUGAGGGAUCGCGGGUUUAUCUAUUGGCGUCUGUUAUCAACGGAUCCGGCCGCGGCUAAAGAAGUGGUGUUGGCUGACAAACCUCUCAUCUCUGAAGAAACAGAUCUCUUAGAGCCGACACUACUAGAUGAACUCAUCUGCCACAUCAGCUCUUUGGCAUCUGUGUACCAUAAACCACCUACAGCAUUCGUUGAAGGUCGCGGUGCUGGUGUUCGUAAGAGUCUCCCAGCUCGAGGUCACACCGCUGACGAGGCGCCAGCAGCCGCGCCCGCUGUUAUACCGAACCAGGAGUCUUUGAUCGGUGAUCUGCUGUCUAUGGACAUUGGCGCUCCGCCUGCAGCGGCGACCGCGCCUGCAUUAGACUUACUGGCGGGAGGAUUGGAUGUACUUCUGGGUGGUCCUGAACCGACAGCCAGUGUCUCUGGCAGCGCUACCGGUCUAUUAGGAGACAUCUUUGGAGCGGCUGCACCAGCCUCAUACGUACCACCGAAACAAUGUUGGCUGCCGGCUGAUAAGGGAAAAGGUCUGGAGAUCUGGGGUACAUUCAGUCGCCAGAACGGUCAGCUUCGUAUGGAAAUGACUUUCACUAACAAAGCCAUGCAGGCCAUGAGCGGAUUCGCCAUACAACUCAAUAAGAACAGUUUCGGUGUGUAUCCUGGAGGGGCGUUGUCUGUAGGAGCUCUCGGUGCGGGCGCAAGAGCUGAUGCACCUCUACCACUGGCUACAGGGGGACCAGUACAAAGAAUGGAACCUCUCAACAACCUACAGGUGGCCGUCAAAAAUAACAUAGACGUGUUUUACUUCGCGUGUCUCAUUCCGGUUCACAUUCUGUUCACUGAGGACGGACAACUUGACAAGCGAGUGUUCCUCACAACCUGGAAGGAAAUCCCAGCAGCUAACGAGUUCCAGCACACCAUAACGAACGUCAUUGGCACCGCGGACUCGAUCGCACAGAAAAUGACCCUCAAUAAUGUAUUCACCAUCGCUAAAAGAAACGUCGAAGGUCAAGACAUGUUGUACCAAUCCCUCAAACUGACCAACAAUAUAUGGGUCCUUCUAGAACUAAAGCUUCAACCCGGCAACCCAGAGGCCACGCUCAGCCUUAAGUCCCGCACCGUAGAGGUCGCUAAUUGCAUUUUCCAAGCUUACGAAGCCAUCAUUAAAUCGUAA